UCUUCAUUUCGCGGCGCAGUUGAGUGCGAUAAGUUGCUGUGGGAUAAAGUUUUGAACGGUGGUGCGAUACGGUUGCCGGGCUUUUGUUCUAUUAACUUUUCACGGUUGUCGGCUGAGAGCGCUUCCCGCUGAUUUUCUUUGCAAGCUAGUGCUGGUUCCUAAUUGUGAAAUUCUAGAAAAUGUCGCGAAACGAGUGCCGCAUUUACGUCGGAAACCUGCCGCCAGAUAUUCGCACGAAAGACAUUCAGGACUUAUUCCACAAAUUCGGCAAAGUCACGUUUGUUGAUUUGAAAAACCGGCGUGGUCCUCCAUUUGCAUUUGUCGAGUUCGAAGACGCCCGAGAUGCCGAGGACGCUGUAAAAGCUAGAGAUGGAUACGAUUAUGACGGAUAUCGGCUUCGAGUUGAAUUCCCAAGGGGCGGAGGUCCAGGAAGCUAUCGCGGUAAUCGAAGCGAUCGUAGUAGAGGAGAAGGCGGAGGUCGUGGUGGAAGAGGUCCUCCGACAAAACGUUCGCAAUUCCGCGUAUUAGUUUCAGGACUGCCACCGUCCGGCUCUUGGCAGGAUCUGAAAGAUCAUAUGCGCGAGGCAGGCGAUGUUUGCUUUGCCGAUACGUACAAAGAUGGAACAGGAGUCGUUGAAUUCUUGCGUCACGAAGAUAUGAAAUAUGCUAUUAAGAAAUUGGAUGAUUCCAGAUUCAGAUCUCAUGAGGGUGAGGUGGCCUAUAUUCGAGUGCGGGAAGACACAGGCGACGAGAGGCGUGACUAUCGCGACAGGUCACGUUCCCGAUCCUAUUCACCACGGCGACGGCGCGGUACCCCCACAUACUCUCCGGUGCGACGCUCGUUCUCGAGAUCCCGUUCUGGCUCCAGGUCAAACUACUAAGCAAGAAUUAUUGUUUCUAAGUAACCAUUUAGUUAUGCCAGAACACAACAGCAAUAUCGUUUUCAAUACAAACUAUUCCCUACUGUCCGCUAUUUGACUGAAGCAUCAAGGAAGUGUUUUGCAUUAGCGAAAUGAACUCAAAUAACUUUGUCCAGCAGAAUAACAUACAUUCCUUGAUUUGAUACUUUUCCAAUAUCCCCACCAUACAUGCGAUCAUAAUAUUUAAUUGGCUCUUAAUGCAUUUUAUGUCCCGACUAAUAGUGUUUGCUUCUGAUGGAUGACAUACUAUUAAUGUAGAUUGUAAGAUGAUGUGUAAACAUAUGAGCUGCGGUGCGGCAGCGGCGCGGCUCUCCACCCCGCAGCGUGGUUGAAUUGAUCGCAGCAGCUCAUAUGUUUCCAGCAGAGAACAAGAAAAAUAAUUUCAGAACAUUUGUAUUUUCACAAAAUACCUUUUUAUUAAUAUAUUUUCUUUUUCUUUUCACAAUAUAUAAAAUGUGGAUGGAUAAUAUGGAUAAAAAUGGAGCGGGGAUUUUGAUUUCUGGACAUUUAUUUUGAAUGGACUGGAAGGAUUUAAAACGUUGGAUUUGUUGGAUAGGAUACUUUGAAUUGAAUAGUUUUGGAUGGAUUUUGUUUUGAGAUGAUGAGGAUAAGGAUGAUGAUGAAUACAGUAGGAUUAGGAUUAGGACAACGUGGGAAUAAUAGGAUAAGAUGGAAGGAUAUUAAGAGCAUUUGUUUCGAGUAGAAAGUUGCAAACAUACAUAAUCUGAAUGGACUUCGGAGUGCCCGAAAGCAAUACAAAUAUGCACGGUUCAGAAUCGUUCAUCAUAAACGCUUCUUCUUCUUAAUUUAAAUUGGACAACGUUGGAUGAGGAUUCUCUUUUCAAAUUGAAACUCAAUUCAAAAAAUCUGGAUUUUUAGGAGGACUCCGAAUAUGAGCUUGUCUGGUAUGUCUUUAAAACUUUUAAUAAUUCAGUCCAUUUUGAAUAUUUAGUAAUAAAUUUUGCAUGUGUUUCGUUUUAUAAAUAAAGUAACAAUAAAAUUUAGUGCACACGA